GGCCGCCGCCCCGCAGCCGGAGAGCGCAUGCCGCUAUUUACAUCCGUCUGUAGAGGGCGCUGCGGGGGCAGGUGAACAUGCCUGUGUGUUCCGGGAGGCGGAUCGGCCUGCAGAGGGCGCUGCGGUGACAGGUUCACGGAUGGUCUGCAUGUUUUCUCAUUUUGCUUUUGUUGGGCAGACACCAGACAUUGCAUGAGGAUCCUGCACGAGGUCUUCAGACAAGACAAUAAGUGCCCGUCAUGAUGCCGCUGAGAGCCUUGUAUUGCUUCCUCCUCCUUGGCGCUGUUGCAGUCUUCUGUAGAGAAAACAAAGGUCAUGUCUCCGUUGUACUUCUUGGCGCUACCGGCGACUUGGCCAAGAAAUACCUGUGGCAGGGUCUGUUCCAUCUGUAUCUAAAUGAGGUGGAUAGUGGCCAUAGCUUUAGCUUUCAUGGAGCUGCUCUGACUCCUCCAGAAAAGGCCGAGACAUUACUAUUCAAUGCACUAAAGUCCCUGAGCUGUCCCGCAGACGUGAACCCAGAUAGAUGUGCUCUUGUCAAAGACCAGUUCUUGAAACUGACCCGUUACAGGCAGCUGAAGACGGCCGAAAAUUUUACUGCAUUGCACCAGGACAUAUUGACUUCCCUGGCAGAAGAGGGGCUUCAUGAGGCCGGCAGGUUAUUCUAUUUGUCAGUACCACCUUUUGCAUACGCUGAUAUUGCACAGAACAUCAAUGGCAGCUGCCGGCCGCCUCCUGGAGCAUGGCUGCGCGUGGUGCUGGAGAAACCUUUCGGUCACGACUAUGACUCUGCAGAGAAGCUGUCCAAUGUCAUGCAGACAUUCUUCCAAGAAGAAGAGAUCUACAGGGUUGACCAUUACCUAGGAAAACAGACUGUCGAACAGAUUCUUCCUUUCCGGCGUCGGCACCAAAAGCACCUAGAUCCAAUAUGGAACAGACACCAUGUGGAGAGAGUGGAGAUUGUAAUGAAGGAAACAGUUGAUGCAAAAGGCAGAACCAGCUUUUAUGAAGAAUAUGGUGUUAUUCGGGACGUUAUCCAGAACCACCUGACAGAAGUCUUGACCUAUGUCGCCAUGGAAGUUCCCCGCAACCUCAGUAACGCAGAUGAUGUCCUAAGAGCAAAGUUAGAAUUACUGGCUUCACUUCAGCCUCCAGAGCACAACAGCGCUGUCAUCGGUCAGUAUCAGAACUACCUGCCGCAGGUGCGAGAGGAGAUGGAGGAAAAACAAAAUUACUUCACCAACACACAGACAUUUGCAGGUGUCCUUAUUUAUAUUGACAAUGCUCGAUGGGAAGGAGUGCCCUUUCUCCUGGUAUCUGGAAAGGACUUGGAUGAGCGGACAUCUUACGUCCGAGUGGUCUUUAAAGAUGAUGCUUUUUGUGUCCAAAAAGAAUCAAAGGAGGAUCCUGUAAAAAGUUCAUGUCAACCCAAACAGAUCAUCUUCCACAUUGGAAAUGGGGCCCUGAAUUUUCCAGCUAUUCUAGUAACUAGGAGCCUUUUCAAGCCAAGCCUUCCCUUCAGCCAAUGGAAAGAAGCAUCAGAAGUCUCAAACAUCUCUUUUUUUGGUCAGCCUAUUUCUGAAUAUUAUGUGCAUCGUCCAAGUCAAGAAAGAGAUGCUUAUACCGUGCUGAUAUCAAAUAUCUAUCGUGGAAGAAAGAGCUCCUUCAUCACAACAAAGAACCUGCUAUUUUCUUGGAGGUUCUGGACUCAACUUCUGGAGAGUCUGGAUAACCAGAUUCCUAGGAUCUACCCAGGAGGAGCAGAAACCGGGAGCUUGUUGGACUUUGUAAUAGAACAGAAAGUGCUACGUUAUGUUACAAAUGAAGACGUAGAAGUUAUCGGUAUGAACCAAAAAACAAACACCUUUGCUUCUGCCCAGUCCAUCUUCCUUGGAAACACCAUGGUGUCUAACUGGGCAGAGCCGCUUAUACAAAAAUUAGCACAAGACAUACAGACAGCUGCUGAAGAGGCCAUCAAGAGCAGAGGAACUUUCCACUUGGCUCUCUCUGGAGGCUCCAGUCCUAUUGCUUUGUUUCAGAGGUUGUCAAAGCACCACUAUGGCUUCCCUUGGAAAUAUACUCAUUUGUGGCUAGUUGACGAGAGAUGUGUGCCAUUCACAGACACAGACUCUAACUUUGGAAAUCUUGAGAGGCAUCUACUGCAGCAUGUGAGGGUUCCCUACGUGAAUAUACACCCUAUGCCGGUGCACAGGAACCAGAGACUGUGUGCUGAGGAGAACAAUGGUACAGAGGAGUAUGCGCAAGAGAUCUCUUCCCUCGUGAGCAAUUCAAGCUUCGACCUGGUGCUCUUGGGCUUGGGUAGUGAUGGCCACACAGCCUCCAUUUUUCCUGGUUCCAAAGAUGGCAUCACGGGAGAUAAACUUGUGGUAUUUUCAGAAAGUCCACUAAAGCCUAUAAACAGGAUGAGCCUUACCCUCCCACUCAUCAAUAAUGCACAGAAAGUAGCCGUUCUUAUAUUGGGCAAAGGAAAGCACGAUAUUAUAACACUGAUCAGCCGAGCCAAAAGUAACCCAGAGAAAUGGCCAAUCUUUGGAGUAAAACCCACUUUUGGCCAGUUGGUCUGGUACGUUGAUUAUGAUGCCAUGUUUAGAUAAAAUGCCUCGACAGUCUCAUCCUCAAGUGCCUUGUAUUUGGACCUGUUCACACUUUGCAGUGACAGGCUUACUUUAUGCUACUGUAUCCUACCAUUAGGGAUUAAUGUGUUUUUGAAUCUCUAUUCACUCACAUUAAUAAACACCAAAGUUUUUUUUUUUUUUUUUUACAUAUAGUAUCCCUGGAAUGAAUGUGACUACUUUUUUUUUUUUUUACCUCCAGUGACUUUUAUGGGUACUUCACUGGGGUUUAUGUAUGCAGUUUAGUGGUGGGGUUUUGGUUUUUGGAGUAGUGGUUCGAAAGGACAAGAUCUUCUUAAACGGAUUGUCUGGCCUCAAACACAGUAGUCAUAACUUGUGCCCAAUUUAGAAAAAAAAAUCUGUCUGCAGUCCCGCUGUUUCCACCUCUGUCCCGUUCACCGAAGGUAGCUAGAUCCGGUGGCCACUGCUGUAAGUGACUGACUAGAACAUGAUGUUAGUGCUGUGCUAUAGACAUGUUGUUCUGUCACAUGUGACCACAGAGGCCAGUUACUGGCCUCAGCAGUCACAGGUCCAAGUCACUUCUCUUCUGCCUGGGACUGGAAGGGGGCAGCAGACAGGUGAGCUGUUUUUAAUUGGGCACAGGUUAUGACUAUUGGGGUUGUCUCCUAGGUCGGACAACUCCUUUACUUAGUAAUGCACCCAGAGCGAGUUACAUGCCAAAGCUCUUACACACUUAGAUCUCAAAAUUACUGAAGUGUAUACUAUGCCUAAUGGAUGUGAUUUUUCUACUGACCCAUGGAAAACCACCGAUGUGUGAACAAACACAUUAAACAUGUAGAAAAUGUGGAUAGCACACAUCUGUGAAAGUUAGAAAUGUGAAUGAGGCCUUAUUUUUUGUAACAUGUACUUCAAAUAGUUAAAGCGUACCGUACUGUACCAUUUUUGUUUCAGGUGACUUUUCAGCGCAAGUUGUUGUGUGCAUGAGGAAUACCAUUAUAUCUGGUCAUUACAUGACUUGUAUAUGACAUUUAUCACCAUUUUUACCCUCUUCAGACUAUCAUUAAUUGUCAGUUUUCUAGUGGUUUGAGACAGAAACCAGCUCCAAAAUACUAGGUAGAAUUUCCUGAAAUAUGUAAGAGUCCAUUUAGACAAACUGACGCACAGGGCAAUGACCGGGAAUAAACCAUUCCUUCCCCAUCAUUGCCUUGUCAUUCAGCUGCAUUUACAUGCAGCAGUCAUCACCUCUGUAUGGGGAUGAACGAUCGCCACUACUUUAUCUCCAUACAGAUUCAUUGUUCGCCUGCCGCAUAUCUGAAAUGAUCGUUCACCUGCAGAGUUGUUGAACGCAGUAAUUUUGAAAAUUGGCAAAAAAAAAUAGUUUGCAGUGAUGUGACCUACAUUUUUUUUCAGUUGUAACUCAGAAUAUUCCAGAUAACUGUUUAAAUU